UAAUGAUGGUGGGAAAGUCACAGGUAGUGUCUUCACGUUGGUUUAGAAGCCUGGACUAUUUUUACAGUAACGAAACAUUUGCGCUUUUAUUUGUGCCGUAUAUUUGCUUAUUUAAUAAGGACCAUUGUUGGUAUUACGCCGGUCUGAGAGGGGAAGAACGAUCCUAAACUUGAUUUAUUAAAUUGAUCUAUCAGGGGGUCAGUGCUGAAAAUGGUCUGAAUCUGUAUUGUUGCAUCGCUGAUGAGAAAUACAUGUUUUCUCGAGAUGAGGACAACCCCGACAAGGCGCCAGCUAUGUGGUGUGGUGGAGUGCGCUGUGUCCGUAUGCGGUGUUUCACCAGAACGAUGGCCAGAGCCUCUGAUCUCCAACACAUGGGAACUAGGAGACAUCCAACCCUGCUCCGGAUAUCCCUGCUGGUCCUUCUUCUCCAUGUAGCCAGAGGAGAUGCCUCUGUAGAAACAAUCUCGGUGCUCAUGUCUAAUGCAUCCUCGACCCCACCCCCCACAUCCCUCACAACCCCUCACCCAUCACCACUGCACACUGCCUCAUCCAACAUGACUAAUGAACCAAUGACAUCCACCUUGCCUUCUCCAUCCACUAUUCUGCACUCGACUUCGCCCAUCAUAACGUCCACUACCAACAUGACCUCUAAAAAUGCCACAUCUCCAGGACCCUCCACUCCUUUGCCAAUAACAGUCACCUCUAAUGCCACUACAGAGUCAGCAGAGGUGCAUUGUAACUUCUCACAGCUCUGUGCCAAUCAGUCUGUGUACUACUGGAUGGUCCUUGCGGUGGAUGUGACUGGAGAUCUGAAGAAUGAAUCAGACAUCAGUGGCUGGUUCAGGGCUCUAUUUCAUUCUCUCUUGGACUCCUGUGAGCCCUCCAACCCUGAACAAGCAAAUGGCACAAAUUCGACUGACACACUGCCAACUACCUCUGUCAGUCCAACAUAUCCCACCCCCUACAACAUGACAACAUGGUUAUACAACUUCACCACGACAACACUAUCCCAGAACUUCAACAACUUCACCACGACAACACCAUCCCAGAACUUCACCAACUUCACCACGACAACACUAUCCCAGAACUUCAACAACUUCACCACGACAACACCAUCCCAGAACUUCACUAACUUCACCACGACAACACCAUCCCAGAACUUCACCAACUUCACCACGACAACACUAUCCCAGAACUUCACCAACUUCACCACGACAACACUAUCCCAGAACUUCACUAACUUCACCACGACAUCACUAUCCCAGAACUUCACCAACUUCAACAUGACAACAUUGACAACUAACAUGACAACUUUGCAUUACAAUAGUACUCCCCCACACAACCGUAGCAUGUCCACCCCACCCUACAACCAUAGCAUGACAACUCUGUCUUCCAGCUGGCCCCAUAGCACCACAAGUGAGGAGCAUGAAGGUGGAAAUAUGACUGCUGCCAGCCUGUUUCAAGACAUUGAGGUGACGUGUGUCAAUAAAACAGGGAUCAGGAGGACUAACUGCACUGUGCUGCUGAGGACGAGGAAGCCAACGUUUCCCUGUUGUUUACAGCGAGCCCUGAUGCUGGGACAGGAGAACAGCUCCAUACAAACCCAUAUAGUGGGAAAUAGAGUGGAGAGAGUGGGUAAGGGUCUGUGUGCAGGUCAAUUGCCUCCAAGUAAUGGUUUUGCAAAGUGCACUGGCUUCCUGAAUGGCACUCUCCCUCUUCCAAACACGUGUCACACUCCAGGGCCUGUCAAUAUCUCAUGUGGACAUGCAGGGACUGUUUACGUACCACUUGGAAAUCAAACCCAAAUGGACUGUGGUAUGCCCCCUAAACCUCCCACCGAUUCGGAGAUUGUCUGCAACUGCUCCUCUUACUGCUAUGGUACAGCUGCAUACUAUACCUUGGGCAUACAGAUCAAAGAUCCCGCUAUGAAUAUUUCAAAAAUCUUCUAUAUGAUUGAUCAGCUAAAAACUCCUCCACCCUGCAACAACACCUCAGAGACACAUCCUCCCUGUCCCUUGCCCAUCAUAUCAACUAUCUACCAGGAUGCUCAUGUGGAAUGCAAUGGCGCAAAUACCAAUCUCCAAAGCUGCAGGGUUAUCGUGCGCCUCAACCGUUCGGUGCCUAUAUGUGCAGUCAGUACUGCAUUGAUGACUGUGUUCAAUGACAAGCAUGGUAUUGGCUAUAAUGGAACGGUGACCCGAGCAGCCAUUUGUGGCUACCCAGGAUCCAGUGGCGGUCUAUUGAAUUCAACCUUCACUUGGGAGAGUAUCAACCUCAACACCACUUUGUUCUGUGAGGCUGAAAAGACCACUGUCAUUGUCAGCUGCAAACAAGGGAAAAAUAUGUGUGUGCUCCUGAAUGAAAUGUGCGACCCCAUGCCUCCUUCUACAUCGCCCAGCCCAAUGGCCAACACCACUUUACCUGCAACAACAAUACUGCCUCCUCCACCCAAUGUCACUAUACACCUAAACACCCCCUACGUCCCAUUGAACACAACAUUAGCUCCACUAAACACCACUUCUAAAGCUCCAAAUACAACCAUCGCCAUGACAACCCUGGGUAAUACCACUACAAACUCAUCAACACCCAUCAUUCCACCAGUGAAUCCCACAACAGCUUCCCCAAAGUACACCACGACAGCUGUUACAACAACCCCCUACGUCCCAUUGAACACAACAUUAGCUCCACUAAACACCACUUCUAAAGCUCCAAAUACUACACCACCAGCUCCAAAUACAACCAUCGCCAUGACAACCCGGGGUAAUACCACUACAAACUCAUCAACACCCAUCAUUCCACCAGUGAAUCCCACAACAGCUUCCCCAAAGUACACCACGACAGCUGUUACAACAACCACCGCAGCGCCCAACACCACAGCAGCUAGUAGUGAAGAGCAGGCCAAUCAGCUGCUGGAUCUGACUAGUAACGUGUCCAAGCUCAACUCCUCCCAGGUGGACCAGCUGGUGUCCCAGCUAGAGGCCCUGCUGGCCGGACCCAAUGUCAGCCUGGGUCUGGGGAAAACGUCUGUCAAAAUCGUUAGCAACCUGCUGGGUGCCUCCUCUGACACCCUGGCCUCCUCCUCCACCAAGAUCAUUGGGAUUGUUGAUACGGUGGGCCUGAAGCUGGUCAUUCAGCAAGAGGCUACGAUUUUAACCAAGUCGGUUGCUGUCGCUAUCAAAACAGUGGACGGCACUAAUUUCCAGCAAACAUCUUUCUCCAUCCCGGACCCCAACAAUGUGCAGAUCCGUGGAGAUGGCAGAGCCAGGAGAAGUGUGAGAACAGAGGCGUCCUCCCUUCCCCAGGGCUCCGUCACGUUCCCCUCCUCCCUCACAGCGAACCUCUCCCAUGAGCAGCAGCUACAAGCCUCCAGACUCCAGUUCAACUUCUACCAGAAGGCCACUGUGUUCCAGGACCGAGCCCUGGGAGACAGCAGGCUGUACAGUGGGAUACUGGGAGCCAGUGUGGCCAACCUGUCAAUCAAAUCUCUGCAGCAGGACGUGGUGAUCACCCUGAGAAACACUGAGCCCGUCCCAGCAAAUGUCGUGGUUUCAUGUGUUUUCUGGGACUUUGGCUUGAAUGAUGGCUCAGGAGGCUGGAACCGAAAAGGCUGCUCUGUCAGGAACAGCACAGAAAAUGAGACUGUCUGUGCCUGUAACCAUCUCACCAGCUUCGGUGUGCUACUGGACAUCUCCAGAACGGGCAUAACCAAUCAUCUCCAGGCCACAAUCCUCACCUACAUCACCUACAUCGGCUGUGGUAUCUCCGCCAUCUUCCUCUCCGUCACUCUGCUCACCUACCUGGCCUUUGGGAAACUGCGUAAGGACAUCCCAUCUAAGAUCCUGAUCCAGCUGUGUGUGGCUCUGUUGUUUUUAAACCUGGUGUUCCUGGUGGAUGCCUGGCUGGCCCUCUACCCCGACGCUGUGGGCCUGUGCAUCUCCACCGCCUGGUUCCUGCACUACUUCCUGCUGGCUUCCUUCACCUGGAUGGGCCUGGAGGCCGUCCACAUGUACCUGGCCCUCGUCAAGGUCUUCAACACAUACAUAAAACGCUACAUGCUCAAGUUCUCUCUCGUCGGCUGGGGCAUCCCACUCCUUGUGGUCAUCGUCGUUAUUGCUGUUGAUAAGAACAAUUACGGUCUCGUUAGCUACGGAAGGUAUUCAGAUAACUCCCCUACAGAUGACUUCUGCUGGCUGAAGAACAACAUUGCCUUCUACGUAUCUGUGGUGGCCUACUUCUGUGUCAUCUUCCUGUUGAACCUCAGCAUGUUUGUGAUGGUGAUGGUUCAGCUGUGUCGGAUAAAGAGUCAGAACCCCCACAACAUGAGGCACCGUAACGGGCUGCAGGACCUGCGCAGUGUGGUUGGGAUCACCCUACUCCUGGGCCUCACCUGGGGCUUUGCCUUCUUUGCCUGGGGGCCUGUCAACCUGGCCUUCAUGUACCUCUUCGCCAUCUUCAACUCCUUUCAAGGGUUCUUUAUCUUUGUGUUCCACUGCGCUGUGAAGGAGAACGUGAGGAGGCAGUGGAGGACUUACCUCUGCUGUGGUAGACUGAGACUGGCAGAGAACUCAGACUGGAGCCGCACGGCUACACAGAAGACAGAGAAGAAGUCAUUGUCAGUGACCAGAGCCACGUCCUUCCGCUCCGGCAACUCCUCCCAGUUCAACCAUACCUCCAGCUCCUCCUUCUUGACCGGUGACUCCCCAGAGCGGCCCAGUGGAGCAACAGGAAGUCUAUUUGACGACAGGACCAUCACAGCCCUUGAGGAGCUCAACUCAGACGUGGUCCUCAAUGAGGUGAACAGCCAAUUCAGGACUCAGAGUUAGAGAGCAGCCGAAGUCCUGUAAAAUACUAGGCCAAGUGUAGGCCGGUAGGGGAGUGGACUUACGUGAGACAGUGUGUUUCAUAGUAUUUUCUAUGUUUAUAUGAAAUAUUUGAAUGUUAAUGCUGCAUUUAGUAGUUUAAUGGAAGUGUGUGACAGACCACACUGAAGAGAUGGGACAUCACUGAAGAUCCAGCAUGCUCAUGGAUUUCGUCCAGUUGACCUACCAAUACUAUCAUGAACUCGUCUGGGCUGGCACCUAUGAUUGUGAAUAUCAAUACAUGUACUGUACUGAAAAGGUAUCUACAGUAGCACGGAGGAAAAACCCAACUCUUACUGUAGAUCCUCACGAGCGGCAUCCUAUGACUGCAUACUACAGGUUUUAUCGGUUUUCUCAGCAUUCUUCAGAGGCGUGCGCUGACACAUACUAACACUGUCACUUCCUGGUUUGAUUUAAUUUAAGAUAAAGGCAAAGCUCUUUUAUACUGUACUCAGAAUCAAGAUAUUUCCAUGAGAUAUAUUAUGUGUAUAUAUUUUAAAGAGGCAUCAUAACAAUGGGUGUAUAAUUCAACGUUAUUUCACCAAUAACAAUUGUAUAAAUAAAAUGAAAUGUUUUAUUUUAAGCUAA